CGUUCAAGUACUAGUUGCCCAUUUAAAUACUUUUAUUUGCUUCGGUAUCUCCGCCAUUUUUGGAGACCAAACAGUAAUCCUAACACCCACCUCCAUCUUCGGUUUCUUCGCCAUUUUUGGAGACAAAAUAGGGAUCAUAAGAACAUUAACACCCACCACCUCGUCCGUCUUCUUCAUUACGUUCAUCCAGAUUCUUUAACUGCUUUCUCCAUUUGUAGAUCGAAAACCCUUUUGGUGGGAUCUAAAAUGGCAGCUCAACCUCUGUAUCAGGAUUCUUUGUUCAGGUCCUCCAUUGCUCGCCCCACCAAUUCCUAUGUGGGUCUUGCGAGAUCUUCAAUUGGGAUUACCAGUAUUUAUGGUUCCCUGAAGAGAUCGGAAAAAACUAGUGAUAAGCAUCUAGGAUUAUUGGUUUCAGUCAAGAAUAAUCAACCUUUGCGAGUGGAGGCUUCUAGAGAAAUGACACAACAAAUUACAAGCAAUAAAAUGGAGACUGUAGAUGAAGUUGAGGAUGGUUUAGAUGUGUUUGCUGACUUGAAACAUAGAUUCUUGAAUUUCAAAAAGCACAAAUACUUGGAAAAUUCAGAGCAUUUUGAAGUCCUUGCAAAAGCUCAAGCACCCAAGUUCAUGGUUAUUGCUUGUGCAGACUCUAGAGUAUGCCCUUCUAACAUCCUGGGGUUUCAACCUGGAGAGGCCUUUAUGAUUCGAAAUGUGGCAAAUCUGGUUCCCCCAUUUGAGAGAGGGCCAUCAGAAACUAAUGCUGCGCUUGAAUUUGCUGUGAAUUCACUGGAGGUUAAAAAUAUAUUAGUAAUUGGUCACAGCUGUUGUGGAGGUAUUCAAGCACUAAUGAGUAUGCAAGACGAAGAAGAUUCAAGUAGCUUGAUAAAAAAGUGGGUUGUUAUUGGGAAACCUGCGAGGUUAAGCGCAAAGGCUGCUGCUGCCCACCUCUGCUUUGAUCAGCAAUGUAGACAUUGUGAGAAGGAGUCAGUAAAUUGUUCACUAGCGAACUUGCUAACUUACCCAUGGAUAGAAGAACGAUUGUGUAAAGGUUUUCUCUCUAUUCAUGGCGGCUACUAUGACUUCACCAACUGUACAUUCGAGAAAUGGACGCUUGAUUACAAGGGAAGCACUAUAAAAGACAAAGAAAGCAGAUAUGCCGUCAAAGAUCAAGCAUAUUGGUGCUGAGACCUGCAUCUUUGCUUUGCAAAUUUUUAUUCAUUACAGCUAUUAAAAGUAGUAAUUACUUUUUUUCUUUUUAAGAAUAAAACCUGUUGUAUUUUAUUGUGCUUUUCAUUUUCUGGG